AAAUCAUCUUGGAUGUGUCAUUUGAUCUCGGAUGUUUUAAGCAACGUACGAAGAACGGACCCCUGGUCCUCCAUAUAACUUGCCCAGUAUUGGAAUUAUUGUGCUUUUCCUACAAGUGACUUCUCAACAAAUGUAGGCACAAUUCAGGAUUGAUUCUUCAACCCCUACUGUGGGGAGCCCCGAUGCCGUGGUUUCACUCAUUCUAACAACACUCAAAAAGACAUACAAGUGUUAGGGACCAACUCACACGUAAAACAGACAGACUAAACGAAACUGGACAAACAAGUGUUAGGGAUAGUUACGUCAUUAUUUCUGUGCGGAACCUACGUGCACGUGCGUCAAGCAGAAAGCAACUUUAAAAUGCCGUGCUGAAGCGCGUGACAGCAGACGGAACCGGAGGCAGCCUGACGUAGGAGUUUGACACAGCGUUUUCUCCGUCACUUUCUAAAGAACUCUCAUAUGAGAACUCUGGGUUCUCUCCUAAAAGUAACAGAAGGGUCAUCGAAACAAAGGAAUUCAACACCGAUAAAGAUGAGUAGUAUUCCAAAGAUGGACAACAUUGAAGAUGCGAAGACGGAACUGAAAACAUUGAAGGCUAAAGUCGAGAAAGCUGAUGAUAUAAAGGCCAGGAUGGUCUUGGAAAAACUGGAAGAAGAUGAGGCCAAGAAGAAGGCCCAGCAGGAGAUGAUGGCAUAUGUUCAGAAGCAGGAGUCUUGCCAGAAACAAUUCUGUCAACAACUGGAUAUUGUGCAGGAAGAAAUCCAGAGGCUUUCGAAACACAAACAAGAUAUAUUGGAUAAAUUAAAAAUAUGUAAAGCUGAACUGGAGGCAAAGAGAGCUGAGACUUCAAAACUGAAGCACAAAUUCAAGAUCUACGCCCAGAUUCCCAACACAGAUGUGAAGUUUCUUGCUCGUUUCAAAGAAGGUGAGGGGUGGAGAGAUGACAGCUGUAAGUCAAUCAGAGGAGUGUUUACCAUCAGUCAGAGAGCUGCCGUGCUUCUACAAGGAGGACAGGCACUCCUCACCUUUGAGGAAGAGAAAGUUGCUCAUCAAAUCCUGAAGCUCACCAGUUGCCGUGUGUCCUGUGAAAGCACCACCUUGGAUGUGAAACCCAAAGGAAUCGCCUUGGAAACAGCUGUGAAAUUUGAGGUCCAGGUGGAUGUUUCCAGAAAAGAGCUCAAAGUAUUCAAUAUCCCGCCUUCCUUGCCAGAAGAGAGAAUGAAGGACCGUCUAGAAAUAAGUUUUUCUAGACCAACCCGAGGAGGAGGAGAAGUGGAGAAUGUGAACUACAAUGGCAACACAGGAACAGGGAUCAUCACAUUUUUGAAACCUGGAGUUGCCUGGAGGUUGGCCAUGAAAGGAGGUUACAAACUAAAUCUGGAAUCUGAAGUAAACGUCAUGGUCAGACCAGCAUAUGAGUACAAAUUGGAAAGGUUUCAGACAUCUUGUGGCUUAUCCAAGCGAACCAUUCUUCUGCAAGACAUUGAUGAUGUGGAGGAUGAGGAGGACCUGCAGGACCACCUUGAAAUUCAUUUUCAGAAGCCCAACAACGCCGGUGGGGAAAUAGAGAGCAUCAAGUAUAUUUCUAAGGGAAAAGCUCUACAGGCAUUUUUCAGUGAAGAUACAAUGGACAUAACUGACUAAAGUUAACUAGAAGCACCUUAUAUAGUACGUGUGUUUAGGGUAAGAAGGGAAGAGCAAACUCCCUGCCACUAUCAGUGUCUGAAACAGAAAAGCAUUUCUGUUUUAAGACUUUGAAGUGUUGUUUGGUUGUGGUGAUCUUUCUUUUUCUAUUCUGCAAAAGUGGGCAUGUGUUUUGUUUUAUUUACAUUAAAUUACUAUGUUAUCAGUCUAUAGAUAUGCUUCAGAGGGUAGUUUAGGCAAAUUUAUGUUCAGUUACCAUGUGUAUCUGAACACUCAGAUUGAUGAUUGGAACUGGUACAAAAUAUUGAUUUUAAUGUAAGUUAUUGCACGUGAUUCAAUGUAAAUUAUUGCAUGAUGAUGUGAUUCAACGAAAACUUCAGCAGUCAAAUCACUGUAGUAAAAGUAAAUGAUAUGUCAUUGAAGAGGGCAGAUGAUGUGCUAAGUUAAGUCUCAUUGGGUCUUUACUCUAUGAACCAUUAAAUCUAAGUUCUGUCAUUUUAAAUUUUUUUGGGACAUGAACUUUCCCAGCAGGGUACACUAUUUGUAACUUUUCUAUCCUAAGGAAAUUCUCCCAUUUGUUAUAGAUAUUUUGCAUACUGCAUAAAUGAAUUCAGGAGUAAAUGGUUCAUUUGGAAAUGUUUGCUUUUUUCUGGGUCAGUGCUGGUAGAUUUAAGCUUGUGUAAUGCAUACUUUACAGCACUUUGAAUCGUCUUGUUACUGAAAAGUGCUCUAUAAAUAAACUUGCCUUGCCUUAAUGGUAUUUUCCCCCUUGUUUAUGACGCUCAAUAAAAUAUAGAGAUAAUAUCAA